AUGGCCGCCGCCGACUUGAACGAGAAGAGCGCGGCGCCCACGCCGGACCGCGUCCCAUCAGUACGCGGCUCGAGCAAUGGGGAUUCGACAGAAAACAGCAACGGAAAUCACAAGGAAGUCGCGAUAGACCUCGCCAAAGCCGAUAGCAAAGUUGUCGCCCAAAAAGAUGAAGAGGUCGAGGCUGACCCCUUCGCCCACCUCCCCGAGAGGGAGGCUAAGAUCCUCAAAGACCAGGUCUACACCCCCGAUGUCAAGGUCGGGAUGGCCACGCUCUACCGCUACUCAUCACGCAAUGACCUGCUCAUCAUCUUCGUGUCCGCCAUCUGCGCCAUUGCUUCUGGUGCCGCCCUCCCCCUGAUGACCAUCAUCUUCGGCAACCUCCAAGGGACCUUUCAGACCUAUUUUACCCCGGGGACCACCAUGUCAGAGGCCGAGUUUAACAGCGAGCUGGGCAGCUUGGUGCUCUACUUCGUCUACCUGGCCAUCGGCGAGUUCGUCACUUCCUACGUCGCCACCGUCGGCUUCAUCUACACGGGCGAGCACAUCAGCGCCAAGAUCCGCGAGCACUACCUCGAGAGCUGCAUGAAGCAGAACAUUGGCUUCUUCGACAAGCUCGGCGCCGGCGAGGUCACCACGCGCAUCACGGCCGAUACCAACUUGAUCCAGGAGGGCAUCUCGGAGAAGGUCGGCCUCACCCUCGCGGCUGUCGCUACCUUUGUCGCUGCUUUCAUCAUCGGCUUCAUCAGCUUUUGGAAGUUGACCCUCAUCCUGCUCAGCACUGUGGUGGCGCUGAUGCUCUGCAUGGGCACGGGUUCGCGGUUCAUCGUCAGGUUUUCGAAGCAGAACAUCGCCUCGUACGCCCAGGGCGGUUCCAUUGCCGAGGAGGUCAUCAGCAGCGUCCGCAACUCCAUCGCCUUUGGCACCCAGGACCGCCUGGCCAAGCAGUACGACACCCAUCUCAUCCGUGCCGAGGGCUUCGGUUUCAAGCUCAAGAGCACCCUCGGCGUCAUGAUUGCCGGUAUGAUGACCAUUCUCUACCUCAACUACGGCCUGGCCUUCUGGAUGGGCUCGCGCUUCCUCGUGAACGGGGAGGUCCCUCUCAGCAAGGUCCUUAUUGUCAUGAUGAGCGUCAUGAUUGGCGCCUUCAACCUUGGCAACGUUGCGCCCAACCUCCAGGCCUUCACGACGGCACUCGGCGCCGCCGCCAAGAUCUACAGCACCAUCGACCGCCAGUCCCCGAUCGACCCGUCGAGCACCGAGGGCACCAAGCUGGAAAGCGUGGCCGGCACUAUCCGUCUGGAGGGCGUCAAGCAUGUCUAUCCCUCGCGCCCCGACGUCGUGGUCAUGGACGGCGUCUCGCUCACCAUCCCCGCCGGAAAGACGACGGCGCUUGUUGGCGCUUCGGGAAGCGGCAAGUCGACCAUUAUCGGACUCGUCGAGAGGUUCUACUCGCCCCUCGAGGGAGCUGUGUAUCUCGAUGACGUGGACAUCUCGACCCUCAACCUCCGCUGGUUGCGUCAACAGAUCGCAUUGGUAUCUCAGGAGCCCACCCUCUUCGGCACCACCAUCUACGAAAACAUCCGCCACGGUCUGAUCGGGACAAAGUGGGAGAACGAGGGUGCGGAGAAGCAAAAGGAACUGAUCGAAGACGCCGCCAGGAAGGCCAACGCUCACGACUUCAUCACUUCGCUCCCCGAGGGCUACGAGACGAACGUCGCAACCAGCGCCCUGGAUACCAAGUCGGAAGGCGUCGUGCAGGCUGCUCUUGAGGUCGCCGCCGAGGGCCGCACCACUAUCACCAUCGCUCACCGGCUGUCGACCAUCAAGGACGCACACAACAUCGUCGUCAUGUCGCAGGGCCAGAUCGUCGAACAGGGCACGCACGACGAGCUCCUCGAGAAGCGCGGCGCAUACUUCAACCUCGUCACGGCCCAGGCCAUCGCGGCCGUCAACGAGAUGACGGUCGAGGAGGAGGAGGCGCUGGAGAAGGUCGAGUCGGCUCUUCUCCGCAAGUCGUCGACUCACAAGAGCGCGAGCGGCGCCGGCGUGCCCGAAGACCCCGAGGACGACAUCCAAGCCAGGCUCAACCGCACCCAGUCGCAGCAGAGUGCUAGCUCCAUGGUCCUGGCCGGACGCAAGUCGGGCGACGCCAAGAAGCAGUACAGCCUCGGGACGCUCAUCAAGGUGAUCGCCAGCUUCAACAAGGAGGAGUGGAAGCUCAUGAUGAUCGGUCUCUUCUUUUCGGCCAUCUGCGGUUCUCAACACCCGUCACCCCUGAGUUCGAUCCCGUACAUCCACACCGAGACGACCCACGUCGCCGGCCUCAGCGGUUCGACCCUCGGGACCUUGAUCAUGGUGUCCACCACGCUCAUCGCCGCCUGCGUCGUCGCCCUCUCCAUCGGGUGGAAGCUGGCGCUCGUGUGUAUCGCCACCAUGCCCAUCGUCAUCGGCUGCGGUUUCUUCCGCUUCUGGAUGCUGGCGCACUACCAGCGCCGGGCGAAGCGCGCCUACUCGGGCUCGGCCAGCUACGCGUCCGAGGCCAUCACGGCGAUGCGCACGGUGGCGGCGCUGACGCGCGAGGACGACGUGCUCAACCAGUACAAGGCGUCGCUCGCGGUCCAGCAGCGGUCCAGCCUCAUCUCGGUGCUCAAGUCCAGCCUCCUGUACGCGGCGUCGCAGUCCUUCAUGUUCCUCGCCUUCGCGCUCGGCUUCUGGUACGGCGGCACCCUGAUCGCCAAGUACGAGUACAACAUGUUCCAGUUCUUCAUCGUCUUCUCUUCCGUCAUCUUCGGCGCGCAGUCGGCCGGGUCCGUCUUCAGCUUCGCCCCCGACAUGGGCAAGGCCGUCGAGGCCACGCGCGAGCUCAAGACGCUCUUUGACCGCAAGCCCGUGGUCGACACGUGGGCGGCGGGCGGCGAGAAGCUCGAGUCCACCGAGGGCAACCUCGAGUUCCGCGACGUGCACUUUCGCUACCCGACCCGGCCCGAGCAGCCCGUGCUGCGCGGCCUGAACCUCUCCGUCUCGGCCGGCCAGUACGUCGCCCUCGUGGGCGCGUCGGGCUGCGGCAAAUCCACCACCAUCGCGCUGCUCGAGCGCUUCUACGACCCGCUCGCGGGCGGCAUCUUCAUCGACGGCAAGGAGAUCAGCAGCCUCAAUGUCAACGAGUACCGCAGCUUCAUCGCGCUGGUCUCCCAAGAACCCACGCUCUACCAGGGCACCAUCCGCGACAACAUCGUGCUAAGCGCGCCGGCCGAGGUCACGGACGACCAGAUCAAGUUCGCGUCCCAGAGGGCCACCAUUUACGAUUUCAUCCUGUCCAUGCCGGAGGGUUACAACACUGUGGUCGGCUCCAAGGGCGCCCUGUUCAGCGGCGCCCAGAAGCAGCGCAUGGCCAUCGCCCGCGCCUUCAUCCGAGACCCAAAGAUCUUGUUGUUCGACGAGCCCACCAGCGCCCUGAAUUCCGAGAGCGAGCACUUCGUCCAGGCGGCCCUCGAUAGGCCCCCAAAGGGAUGUACGACGAUUGCGGUGCCCCAUCGUUUGAGUCCCAUCCAGAGGCGGGAUAUCAUUUAUGUGUUUGACCAGGGCCGCGUGGUGGACCAGGGCACCCAGGGCGAGCUGAUGAAGCGGAAUGGCGCUUAUGCCGAGUUGGUAAACUUCAAGAGUUUGAAGAAGCAUUAUAAAAGAGGGGUUCGAUGA